AUGGCCGAUAUCGACGACGAACUUUUGGCGCUGGCGGGUUCCGAUGAGGAUGAAUCGGGUGAUGAGAGCAGACAAGCCUCCCUGUCUCCCGAGCCUGCGGAUAGGUCGGGAUCUGACAGAGGUUAUGGUAGAAGGGGAUCGGGAUCGAGGAGCGCAAAGAAGGGAAACAGGAGGGCCGACUCUGGGGAUGAUGGAGAGGUAGAGGAGGGUGAAGCUAUCUCUGCGCCUUCCUCUCCCAGCUCACUCAAGUCAGCGCCGAUGGAUGAAUCAGACUCGGAUGCCGAGCCCCAACAAGAUGAUGGCGGGAAUGAUGACGUGGAGGAGAAAUAUCCUAUCGAAGGGUUAUACGUCAGUUUGGCAGAGAAGGCCGAGAUCUCGAAAAUGCGAGAAGUGGAGCGCGAAACGAUUCUUGCGGAGCGUCGAGAAGAGAACCAGCGUUUCAAGCAGAACCGUAUGCUUCGUCAACUCGUUUCCGCGGCAGAAGAGAAGGAAAAGGAACAGCGCCGCAAGCGGUCGGCGGACGAUGCUGAUCUCGACGACCAGCGUAAGCCCUCGAGGCAACGGACUAGGAUCGAUGGCACCAGAGCUGGCGAGACCAGCUCCGGGAUAGAUACCCUUCGACGCGCGCGGGCCGAAAAGAACGACCGUAUGCGCCGACGUGAAGAGGAUCGAGAGCGCCAGCGAGACACCCAGACGCCAAACAAGUCGCGCGAUCGCGACUAUGGGUACGGCUACGGAGAAGAGGAAGAUGACGACCGGGAUGAUCGCCUAAAGCCCUGCGCGAGAAUCGCGCAACGUUGA